UAAUGAAAGGAGGUAAAUAAUAAAAGAACAAAUCAAUCUGGGAUUAAGUCAAAAACGAGGAAAGAGACUUCUAUUAUAACUUUUUGGCUAAAAAAUACAGGAAUCUCUAAAAGAAACUCAAAGACAUUGCAGACCUUGAAGAAUUACAAAAAACAAAAGAAUUGAAACAAGAAUAGAUCUAAAAGAUUUAAAAUAAAGAAGAAAAUAAUGAAAGAAUAAAAGAAUUAGAAGGUCAACUCUCGAAUUGGCUUAAUGCUAAGAAAGAAGCCGAAUAAUAAGGAUCUAUUAUCACUCUUGAAGCAUACAUUAUUAUUCUUCAACAUCUCUCCUAAGAUCCAUAAUUAGUUGCUCUUUUAACUUAAGACCAUGAAUCAACACAUGAAUUAGCUAAAAAAUUGUAAUCAAAAAUAGUUGGAUAAUCAGCCAAAACAGAUCAACCAUGGAAAGGAUUGAAAGUAUUUAUAUUAUAAAUAAAUAUAGUUUGAAAUUCAACCUUAACAAUAAGAACAAGAACCUAACCAAACUUAAUAAGUAAAUGAAACAGAACCUAUUUAAUAAUAAAUUCAAUAAGUAAUUUAACAAUAAGAAUAACAUGUCUAAUCUAAAUAAACACCUUUAGAGGAAGUCUAAAUUUAAUCAAAACCAGUUGAAUAAAUUUAAGUAUAAGAAACAUAAGAAAAUUAAUAAUUCAGUGAAUAAUAACCAUAAAAUGAACAAAACUUAGAAAAUAAUUAAAAUGUAGUCGAAUAACCCAAAUAAGAUUAAUAACCUUAAACAAGAGAGGGCUAAAGACAUCAUUACCAUCAUGAUGAUAGAAGAAAUUAUAAAAAAAAUUACAAUAAUAAUAAUAAUUAUGAUAGAAGAAACAACUAUGAUAGACCAUACAGAGGAAAUAAAUAACAUUAUCAUAAUAGAGACAGAAAUUAUCAAUAAGAAUAAUUAUGGGAAGAAAAAGUAGACAAACAGACACCUUUAAAUUAAGAGGAAUAAUAAUAAGAAGAAGAAGAUUACAUUACAGUUAGAAGCAAGUAUCAUUUACUUUUAUUUCAUCUAGAAAACCUUAAAAACCAUAGAGAGGAGGAUAAAGAAAUUAUGACAAUAGAAACAAUAAUAGAAAUUAUGAUAAUAAUCCAUAAAGAAGAUAGAAAAACAAUGAGGAAGUUGAUUAAUGAGAGU